GGUUCUUAAAAUCCAUAUCAAAAUUUAAGUUUUAUAAAGGCAAGACUGUUACAAUUCUAAGACCUCAUAAUUUGGCAACAUUUUUCCUUCAGUUUUAAGAUCUUGUUGUACUAUACUUUAGUUCUGCAAAAUGAGUAAAGAUAAAUUUCCAUUGUUUCCCUCACGUGCAAAUUUAGUGUUUAUGAAGCUACGUCAUGCUUCUGCAGUGAGAGGUCUUGGUUUAUUAAAGCGAAAACGUGAUGCAAUGGAAAUGAAACUGAAAGAAUAUCAGAGAUUGCAGCAGGAAACGGCAGAUCAAAUACCAAUUGUUAUGAGAGAUGCAAUAUUUGCAUUAGCAAAAGGAAAUUUUCUUUCGACUGAUUUUAAACCUGCUGAAAUUAAUACUUCAGAGCGUGCAGAUUGUUUUCUACGCAUAAUUCAAGGUAAAGUUUUAGGAAUGAAAUUACCUUCAUUUAAUUUAAUUAUGUGGAAUGCAACAAAUAAUCCGUUAACUGGUCUUUCACGAGGCGGAGAACAAGUAGGAAAGAUUCGGAAUAAAUUUCAAGAAGCACUCAAAGUGCUCGUCCGUAUGGCAUCACUUCAAAUCUCAGUUAAAGUAUUAACCGAUCAUGUUCGUCAAAAUAAUAUGCGUGUCAAUGGUUUAGAAUAUGUAAUGAUUCCAAAACUUAUUAAUACAGUUGCCUAUAUCAAUCAAGAACUCGACGAACUUGCACGUGAAGAGUUUUAUCGCUUGAAAUGUUCACAGCGUAAACAAAUUGAGGCUAAGAGAAGAUUUAAGGAAUUAGUAAAUAAAUAUAACAGGUUAAUGGGUAAGGAUGAGGUUUUUCCUUCUUCUGUACAACCUGCUGAUAUACCAUUUCAUAGGAGUCAGUUCAAUGCAGAUAAUCUUAAUUCAGUAACCUAAAUAUGUUGUAUAGAUAUAACUGAUAUAAUUGUUUAAAAAUAUGUGUACGAAAUAAUUAUAUAUGGUGUGUGGAUUUAUAAAACAAUUAUUAAUGGAACGAUGAAUCAUCAGCUUUAAAAGAAAAACUAAUGAGAUAACUGAGCCGAAAUAAAACAAAGACAUGGACAUGCAUUGAAAUGUGGGUCAAGUGAGAGUAACAAGUCAAUAAAAAUUGUGUUAAAAAUAACGAACACAUUUUAGAAAAGUGAUGAUAAUUAAA